AAGGCACAAAACAAUUGGCGCCCAACUCUUUUUGUUCCUCAAACUUGUGUUCUUCUUCUUCUCCUUAUUCAGACACCCUCUUUUCUCUUUCCCUAUAUAUAAAUGGGUUGCUUGGUUUUAUGGGAUUUUUAUGAAAAAUGGCCAGGUUUAAUCAUAAGUACCAUUCCUCUUCCACAAAGUUAGUGUUUCUAACAUCUUGUGCAGGUCUUUUAGGAGCGGCCCUCAUUGCAGAUUUUCUUUGGACUUCGUCUUACUCGUCUGCUGGUUCUGCUUACUUGUCUGUUGCAUCGAACUGGGCACUUGAGAAAUCUGGGAUUAUAGCUGUACCAAAUGCCACUGCCAAAACAGAUGACAAGAGAGAAGAUGUUAAAGGUAGAAAAGAACGCACACCUGAGAGAUUUUUAUCCGCAACUUUUGCUGAUUUACCUGCACCUGAAUUACAAUGGGAGGAGAUGCCACCAGCACCAGUACCUCGUCUUGAUGGAGCAUCCGUACAGAUUAAAAAUCUUUUAUAUGUGUUUGCAGGAUAUCGCACACUUGACUAUGUGCACUCUCAUGUUGACAUAUACAAUUUCACUAGCAAUACAUGGGGAGGGAGGUUUGAUAUGCCCAAAGAGAUGGGGCAUUCACAUUUAGGAGUGGUAACUGAUGGAAGAUACAUAUAUGUAGUCUCAGGACAGUAUGGCCCCCAAUGCAGAGGGCCUACUUCUCAUACAUUUGUGCUGGACACUGAGACAAAGAAAUGGAGGUCCAUGCCACCAUUACCGGCCCCAAGGUAUUCUCCAGCGACUCAAUUAUGGAGAGGCAGACUACAUGUGAUGGGUGGCAGCAAGGAGAAUCGCCACACACCUGGGUUGGAGCAGUGGAGUAUUGCAGUAAAGGAUGGCAAAGUGUUGGAGAAACAAUGGCGGACUGAAGUACCCAUUCCACGUGGGGGACCACAUAGGGCUUGUGUUGUGGCCAAUGAUAAACUUUUUAUUAUUGGUGGUCAAGAGGGUGAUUUUAUGGCUAAACCUGGGUCCCCAAUUUUUAAGUGCUCCCGCAGGCAUGAGGUAGUUUACGGUGAUGUUUAUAUGCUGGAUGAUGAAAUGAAAUGGAAAGUGUUGCCACCUAUGCCCAAACCCAACUCCCAUAUAGAGUGCGCUUGGGUGAUUGUCAACAAUUCAAUUAUCAUCACUGGAGGUACAACAGAAAAGCAUCCAGUGAACAAAAGAAUGAUCCUGGUUGGGGAAGUGUUCCAAUUUCAUUUAGACUCACAGACAUGGUCAGUGAUUGGAAAGCUUCCUUUCCGUGUGAAAACUGCAUUAGCUGGUUUCUGGGAUGGAUGGUUGUAUUUUACAUCUGGACAGCGGGACAGAGGGCCAGACAAUCCACAGCCGAGGAAGGUCAUUGGAGAUAUGUGGAGAACUAAAUUAAGUUUGUGAUUACUUUUGUCUCAUCAAACCACUUUUAAGCUUAUUAUAGUUUUCCCAUCUUUUUUAGCCAGAGUACUUUUAAUCUUUAUAGAUCCAGGUCAUAUUGAAACCAUGAUUAUAUUUUGACUUCACAA